AUGAUAGAUCAUUGUGUUGUAUUUCUAAUAGGUCUUGGUUACCUGGUCGAGGGCAAAGAUCUUGGUAUGAACUCUAUACCUCUAAAGAAUCCAUUUUUCCCUGAGAGACUUACACGGAAUUCCGACGGAUUUCUUCCAUCCUCUCAAGCAGAAGCAGCUCCGUCCGUAUUUCUACAAGAAUCUGAAGUGGAAACCCAUGAAAACUCAUUCCAGCAGGCAAAGGUACCCUCGGCCUCAAAAGAUGAUUUGCGCGUUGUUCCAAGUGCACCGAAAAAGAAAAAGAAGAAGAGAAAGGGAAAGAAGAAAAAGAUGCGGAAGGUGAAAGUAAAACCACGUGGGGGUCGACACAUCAAAGAUACCUAUCAGGACCUUCGAUCUUUGAGCAUGCAAAAUACCGAUGAAGAAGCUAAUUUCCAAGCAACAACGCAGAAUGUCGUCAUAUUUGAGCCCAUCUACGACAAAUCAACGGGAAGUUCGUACACACAAGAGGAACUUCUGAAGUUGUGCCAUGAAACGGAGAAUGUUAGUGCGAAAUUUGGCAUCACGGAUAUGUCUUCAUUUGCUGGUAGCAACUGUGCUCUCAUCCAGCUCUACUAUCCAGAAGUCACAUGUGAACAGAUCAACGUAUUUCUGGAAUAUUGCCAAAAUGCUACACCUCAUGCAUGA